UCAUUCCUUUCUUUCCCAUUCGUAAUCCGUUAUUGUUAUCAUCCUCUUUUAUUUUCCCAUUGAACAUUGAACAGUAUUCAAAGAAGCCUCAAGUUUUUGACGAAAUAAUCAAAACAAAAAAUCUAAUGGAGACUGUAGGACUGGAAAAACAUGAGCUCCCUCCCACGAAUCAAAAACGAAUGGUUGCAUUCAUUAACCAUUUUGUGCUAAGUACCGUUAACUUUCUCAACAAGUUUGCUUCGGAUUGUGAGAGUAAGUUUAUCCGUUAUGAACAUAAAAUACAAAGCCUAGAAGCUUCCAUAUCGAUCGUGGAAGCAAAGCUGUCCUCAAUAGACGCAUUACGCAAGGAGGCCGACGUGUCCGCUAUGAAUCAAAUUCCAACAGAGGGAAAUACACCAACCGACAUUGAAGAGCGCACAGCAGAGGAUGUAUCUUUGCCGGAACAACCCGCUGAUGAACUGGAGGUAACCAAAAGAGAUCCAACGUAUGAUAAAUAUUUCAAAAUGAUUCAAGUUGGUGUGCCCAUCCCCGCGGUGAAAAGUAAGAUCGGAUCCGAGGGUUUAGAUCCCAGUUAUAUAGAUGCGUUUUUAUGAGCUUUUACGGAUAAAGUAUUUUUUAUUAGGAUAGCAUUAUUUUUAUAUUUUAUUUAUUAAAAUCCUGAUUUUGGUAGUUGAUAUACACCGCCAGCAUA